AUGGACAUAGUUCUUCAAAAGUUUAAAACUCGAUGUUUUAUUUUCUCCCAGCAACUCUUAUCAAAAAGACACGGUUUUGACCGCAUCGAUCGGAUUGCGUUACUGGCAGUUUUUGUGGUGGCACUGAUCAAUUACAUCUCUUUCCCAGAGCGGAGAAAGUUUCAAAUACCAGCAGAGUUAUAUGCAUAUUCUCCAGCUAUUCUACCAUAUAAGGAGUUCUUCUUUCCAACUCGAGAUGUUCAAAUCCUAAUCCAAGGAAUCGAACAUUCCCCUGCCACGUUCACACUUCCAACAUCCGGCCAGAUAUUUUGCUUCGUUGAAACUUCUACAAAAUAUUACAAAGACCGUGUCCCAUCAGUUGCCUCCACGUGGCUUCCAAGGUGUGAUCACGGACGAUUCUUUACAAAAACUCAUCUUCCUUACCCUGACAUUGCAUAUUCUACAGUUUACCGAAAUCUAAGGGAUACCUAUGAUGAUUUGUUCCGAAAAUCAAUAUUCAGUUUGUAUUACUCAUAUACCAGCAUUUCAAAACAUUUUGAUUGGUACCUGAAGACAGAUGAUGAUACAUUUGUGGCAAUGGAUCAUUUAAGGGAGUAUCUAAACACUUUGAAUCCAGCAGAACCUUUAUACUUGGGAUAUCGAUUAGCACCUUUCAUGAACAAUGGCUACAAUUCUGGAGGCUCCGGGUACAUUUUGUCGAACGCAGCAAUGCGAAUGUUUGUGGAACAACUCUACCACAACGUAAGGCUAUGUCCUUACGAUAGAGGAGAGGAUCGAGGAAUGGGAAGAUGCCUAGAAUCAGUUGGAAUCACACCUUCGGAUACUAGAGACGAUCAGGAGUUGAACCGAUUUAUGCCAUUCAGACCGGCCGAAAUACCCAUUAUUGGUUCCAAGUGGCAUUAUUUUCCAUUGAAAUAUCCAUUCAUAUCGAAAAAGUUUGUGACACUUCAUCGAGUUCCUCCGGAAAUGAUGAUAUCCCUCGACAAAUCACUUUAUUCAGAAAACGGAGAACCAACAUUUAAUGUUACAGAUUUCUUCAAUUAUUAA